AUGCCUUUAACGACGGAUUAUUCUCGUGCUUCUGGAAAGGAAAUCCAGGGUGCAACAACAUUUUUUGAUGUUGUGGAUUAUGGUGCGGCUGGAGAUGGCCAAACAGAUGAUUCAGAAGCAUUCAACAAAGCUUGGACAGAUGUUUGUAGUGCAAAUACGAGUCAAGAGGCUGCAACCCUUUACGUGCCGCCAGGGAAAACAUUCCUGCUGAAACCAGUUGCUUUUAAGGGUCCAUGCAAGGCCAACAGCAUUCAUUUUCAGCUUCGAGGGACACUCAUUGCACCCCUAAGCACUUCGUGGCCAGGGGAUGCGUUAAACACUUGGAUUCAGUUCGCAUGGAUUGACAAUCUUAUCCUUGAUGGAGAUGGGAAGAUUGACGGGCAGGGUUCCGAUUGGUGGAAAUCUUGCAUGAUAAAGGCAACUUUUGGGUCUUUUCUUAGCUGCCAGCAGCGACCUGGAGCUCUAAAUUUUAACUCCUGCAAUGGACUUCGAUUACAUGGACUCACCCAUCUUAACAGUCCAAGGAUCCAUAUUGCUAUUAGUGGCUGUAAAGGCGUCAGCAUAUCUAAUAUCCACAUUAUUGCACCUGAGGACAGCCCAAACACCGAUGGAAUAGACAUUUCUACUUCUAGCAAUGUUGUAAUUCAAGAUUCUCACAUUGGAACUGGUGAUGACUGUGUUGCGAUCAAUGGUGGCUCAUCUUUUAUCAACAUCACUGGUGUUGACUGUGGACCGGGCCACGGUAUCAGGUUUAUUGGGAGCCUUGGUGAUGGUGGAGCUAAUGACACAGUUGAAGAGGUACAUGUAAACAGCUGCAACUUCAAUCAUACUCAGAAUGGAGUAAGAAUUAAGACAUUUCAGAACGGAUCGGGUUUUGCCAGGAAUAUAUAUUUAGAGCACAUCGGCUUGGACAAUGUCAGUAACCCCAUUAUUAUUGACCAGUUCUAUAAAGAUAGGAGCAAACCUCCUCAAGAAGUACUGGAAACAGGUGCAGGGAUUCAAGUGAGCCAUGUUACCUACUCUGAUAUUCACGGAACAUCUGCCAGCGAUGUUGCUAUCGAUCUGAGGUGCAGCAAUGUUGUGGGCUGCAGCAACAUCGUAAUGGAUAAUAUUAACAUAAUAUCAGCUGUUCCUGGUCAGGAUGUCCGUAGCUCCUGCAAAAAUGCUCAAGGAACUGCUGCUUCAGUACACCCUGAAGUACCAUGCUUGUCGUGA